ACGGUCGAUCGAGAAAACAAGGGCAACUAUUAAUAGACGUCUAGACCCACGAUUGUUCUAACCUUAACCGCCGGUGUCAUCACGUGACCCACCUCCGCGGGUCGGUGGAGAUCUCCAGGCCCGGAGAGCCCCUGUGUUGUUCACUUCGCCCUCGGUUGACCAUGAUGCUCUGUGUUCACAAUUUGAGACGUUGAGUGUCGCUGUUCUCCCAAUGAGAACCAACUACACCACUUGCCGACAUCCUGUCACAACUCCCGUGUAGAGGCGGAGCAAUGCCGCAGACAGCUUCGCUUUGGCCACUUUUGGAUUGACACAGCAAGCAUGAGUUAUUCAUAUCCAAACAGCGCGAACGCGGAUGCCUACCGUCCAGCCCGUCGCGAUUAUUAUGUCGACUCAUCUAAUGGCCACCGCCGUCUCCUCGACACUUUGCCACUGUGGCUACGACAAUGGGUCGCCGAACUCCAAGCUCAUUGGAUUGCCCGGAGCUUCACCACCACCGAGAACUCUCGGGGCAGUCAUGCACCAACAGCACGGCUAUGGAGGGCAUUCAGACGCAUAUUCGCAGUCACGAAUAUCCUGGCUGUUCUCUGGUUCUUUACGCUCUGGUGGGGGGAACGGGCCGUGUUCCAGGAUAGUUUGGAGAAGUGCGCCUGGGAAAGCUGGGAAAACUGGCCUCGAGAGGCAGCACCACAUCAUGUUGCUUUCAUCGCAGACCCGCAGCUGGUCGACCCUCAUACCUACCCCGGUCGGCCAUGGCCCUUGUCCACUUUAACCGUGAAGUUCACCGAUCAAUAUCUUCGGCGAUCCUUUUCAUCUAUUCAAAGAAAUUUGGGCCCUGACUCGGUGUUGUUUCUCGGGGACCUGUUUGAUGGGGGAAGAGAGUGGGCAACCUCGCACAGCUCCAGUCCCGAGAAGCGCUACCAGAAAUACAAGGAUUCGUUCUGGAAGAAUGAGUACCAUCGGUUCGUGAGGAUAUUCUCGAACCAGUGGAAUGAGGGGGAUCCGCACUCAGGCAACCCCCGUGGCCGGAGAAUGAUCGCUAGUCUCCCUGGGAAUCACGACUUGGGUUUCGGAACCGGGGUUCAGCUGCCCGUACGCGAUCGAUUCCAGACCUAUUUUGGCCAAAGUAAUCGUGUUGACGUUAUUGGCAACCACACUUUUGUUUCGGUCGAUACGGUAUCAUUGAGCGCCAUGGAUCAGCCUGACCCAGAGACCGGAAGCUCAGGGUCUGGGGACGGACAUCCGCCAAACGAGCGUAUUUGGAAGGAAGCAGAGGAUUUCCUGAACAACAUGAACGUUCAUCGUGGCAAGGCGGAAAUGGGAGAAUUACGCCUCAUGAGAAACCAAAGUGAAGGCCAUGUGUUUGACCAUAAAGUCGUGGACCUCUCGCAGCCUACGCUUUAUCAAAAACUCCAACCGGAGGUUGUAGGGUUCCCUGCCAUUCUCCUUACCCAUGUUCCAUUGUAUCGCAAACCGGCCACGCCUUGCGGGCCUUUGCGAGAGCAUUAUCCGCCUUCAGAUGGUGAACCGGAAGAAGAUGAGCGGAACGCCCUCUCGAUCACUGCUGGGUACCAGUAUCAGAAUGUGCUCACGCAAACCAUCUCCAAGGACUUGGUCACGAAGGCAGGCCCAAAUCUUGUCCAUGUCUACUCUGGGGAUGACCACGAUUACUGCGAGGUCACCCAUCGCGAGUUUAGUGGCUCACCCAAAGAAAUCACAGUCAAGAGUCUCUCCUGGGCUAUGGGGGUCCGGCGGCCAGGCUUUCUGCUGACCAGUCUCUGGAACCCUGUUGACCCUGCCACCGGGAAGCCGACUCACUCAAUGAGCACGGGCGCUACCUUGCAAAACCACUUAUGCCUCCUGCCCGACCAAUUGUCCAUUUUCAUCAGUUACGGCCUUCUAUUCGGCCUUACCCUUGCUGUUCUUCUCGCACGAGCCGCCCUUCUUGUGCUCUACUUCCCCGCAGUGGACUCAUCUGCACCCAUUCUUCCCCUCUCUGAAUUUCGCCCUCCCCUCCAGGUCCACACUGGCAAGACCCCAAGUUCCAGUACGUCUAGCUCCACGUUUCCCUCACCGGGUGGCUUGGCCAGUCGUGCCAUCAAUGCACCUUCUCGCUACCCCAAAGUGGACGAUGAUGAUGCUUACUCCGGUCCAGAUCACGAUGACGUGGACAAGGCGAAGUGGAAAGCUAAGGUCCCCGCUUCCCGGGGAAUCUGGGGAGAAUUUGUAGACUCGGUCCAGUAUGUGGCUACGAUUGUGUUUGCAUGGUAUUUCUUCUUGAUCUGGCGAUGGUAACGACCGGGGUGGAGGAGGGGGUGCACAUCGGAGUCUCUACUACUACUACACUGUAUAUACAAAAGACAUCGGAUGUGUCUCUUAUCAUCAUUGCUUGUAGACUUAACUUUCACCAACGAUAUAACCUGGAGUCCCUUCUGUACGGUUCACGAACUGGAAAAGGUUUCCCAGAACCAUGCUCGACAAAGUUUUACACUUUUUUAACUUUUUUCUUUUUCUUUUGUUUUCUUUCCAAGGGGUUUCUUCUGUGGUGGGGAGUGCGCGAGGAGAUGUUUUACCUUCGAGGCG